AUGCCCAGAGGUUCUCAAGACGACGGCAACGUUGAGCUGGUUUGUUCCGUGGGGGACCUGCGAAUCACUAUUCAGGGGCCAUCAGCUUCGGCAGCUUCCUUCCUCCAGAAAGUCUUGGCCUUGGGUGAGAGAGCUCCUCGUGCUGCUUCUCCUUCAGCUUCUGACAUAUCAUUUGAUUUGGUAUCAGCUGGGGGCAACCCUGAGCCUGUGGAUCCUGUGCCAGUACCUCGUCAGGAAACAAGGAGUGAGAUCGAAGCAUCUUUCUCCAGCUGUCCUCAAAGGUUUUUGGACUUAUCUGCAAAGUUAUCAGGUUCCUCACUGUCGUCUGAAGAGAGGAUCAAAAGAGCCUGGAAGGCAGGUCAGUGGGCUCAGGCGGUUUCUUUGGGCCGCGUACGUUCUCCAAAUCGUACGGCUCAGUUGGACCUACGCCCACGAGUCUACGCUGUGGUCCGGGCCACUGGAAUUGAGUCCCCGACCCUUUGCAGGUCCGCUGGGGCCUAUUGGGAGAUCGUCGGAGAUCUCACCACUUCCAGCAGCAUCACUCACGGUUUCCCGUCUGAGUUGGAGGCCAAGAUCUACUUUGCAGGGGCUGGCAUCUCUGAGUACCAGCGAGAAGGUGGAAUCCUUUUGGCCCUGCCCGCAAUGUUUCUUCCACAGCGGCUGGUGGAUGCUGGGAAUGCAGAGGACAGCGACGGCAUCUUUGGACCUUCCUUUGUGACCGAGGUCCCUGCCUCCAUCGUAGAUGGCGGUGUGGUGUCGCCUACUGGAACCAAUGUAGAAGUUCUCAUCAUCGACUGCAAGCCCGAGGUUCUAUGUCAUAUGAGAGAGUUUGGCAUCCAGGAAGACAUUGUUUACAAUUUCGACGAGGAUUCUCCAUUUGCUUUUCCCAUCGUCGAUGCCAUGCUUCCAAUGAUCUCCGAGUGGGCCUCCAGAGCUCACGAUAUGAGAGCAGGGUUUUACACUCCAGAGGAUGCAGUGGAAGAAGAUCAGGCCCCAAGAACACCACGCCCCAGAAGGCAGCCUCCAGGAAAGGCUACUCCUUUAGGCGCUGGUGCCAAACCAAAGCGGGUCACCACAGCGUCUUUGGCAGCAGACAUGCAAGGGCUCAUGUCCACUCUUCCUCAGAUCUCCCAGCAACUGAGCCAGAUCUCCGAGAGACAGGCCCUUUUGGAGCAGAGGAUUGCCGUUCCUGGGAAGGCUUCAGCUUUGGGGCUUGGACAGACGUUGAGUGGCACGCUGACCGCCCAUCCUCCUCCUGUCUCAGAGUUGGCAAGAAGUCUCCGUCCUCCGCCACGGACGCAGGCGAAGGCGAACCUUGGUUUGUUGGCUUCGUCAGAUGCAGCGAAGCCCAAGGAACUUUUGGCUUUGGAAUCAGAGAAGCUGGCAACAGAGACAGAGUCCGGCCUGAGUUCAGACAGUGUAUUGGCCAAGGCAGUUUUGGCACAAAGUCAGGCCCUUACAACUCUUGUGGCGCAGAUUGCUUCGGCUCAGAACGACCCCAUGGCAGAGCUCACGGGCAGUUCAGCUUCCUCCAGCACAAGGGGGGCAGCUACCAGAGCAAAGCUCCAGCUGGAACUAGCUCAGCAUCGUGGCACCUUCUUCCAGAGCGUGAUGCAGAGCAUGAGCAGACGCAUGGCCCCGACAAGCAACCCUUGUGCUUCAGCGGAGGAGCUGCUCAACAGGGGGGUUUCAGGUGUGAGAUACCUAGAGAGAUUUGGGGGCUACGGCCGUGUUCGGGAGUUGGGUCAGUUGCAGUAUCAAGUCAUGAUGAUUUUCGACUUUUUGAUGGCCGAGAACUACAUGGCUGCCAUGGACGGAGUGGCUCUCUUGGCAGUGUCCCUAGAGCAGGCGAGCCUCGACGGGGGCAGAAUGGAGCUGGCGACUUUGCUUUGCCUACAGGAAGACGCUCCAGCAAGCAUCUUCGUCAAUCGCCAGUUGUCAUCAACCUCCAGGGCGCGCUCUUUCGCGCCUUUAGCGGAUCAACGUUGGGUGACAUGUGCUCUGGCAUUUCUGAAAGAAAUGGAGGUGAUAGCGGCCAAACGGAGCGAGAUGAACUCCGGCUCCAAGUUCCCUUCAGAAGCUUCGCAAGACUCAGCUGCAGGCCACGCUGCAGCGAAACCAAAAGCGAAGGGCCAGCCCAAGAAAAAGGGAAAGGGAAAAGGGGCACAAGAACGACAGGAAGAGACCGUGGCUUUUGAGGUGCCGUACAAGUUUCUCUUGGCACCUUUGGCGAUCUUUCACUGGUGUUUUGACGGUAGUGGCCUCAAGUUGUCGAAGAGCCAGCGAUUGAAGGUUUCCCAGCAGAGACUGCUUCAUGUUUUGGUCUUUGCUAUGGACUUUCUCUACCUUGGCAGGUUCCCUAGCUUCGCAGAGCUUGAGAGGCGUCCCAACAAGUUGCAGCUGAGCGUUUUUGCGAGGCUGAGGGCGCUCAUAGCUGUGUGUGCUGACAGCACUGAAGAGUUUGAUGCUGUCCCAGGCCGCUCGGGCCCUGAAUUGGCUGCUGCCCUUUUGCAUUUGGAGAGGUUUUUCGAUCUCCACCCUGAGCUGAGCCAAAGCUAUGUUCAGCACAAGCCUGCUGUUUUCAGCGAGGACAAACAGCUUUUGCCAAAGGAUGAGUACCCUGAAUUGAUCCCCUACAGGGCGCUCGAGGACUUGGCCUGCACUGAUGCCUGGGAGAGUCGUGAGCAUGAGAACCCAAAGAAAAAGGCAAGAGAGGUUGUUGGCGAUGGUUUUGAGAUUUCCGGCAGUAGCAGUUUUGAGCAUGCUGCCAAGGUUUACAGUGCUGCCGGGCUAGAAGGCUCAGCUGAGAAGGAUGUUGAGGCAGAAACCACUUUCAAAGCUGCCGGUGCUGAAAUUGUCUCAAGUAGGUCAGCUGUUCGAAGAGGAGUCACAACGGUUGGAGCCCCUCUAGCAAAACGUCUUGCUCUUUCAGCUUUGACUUUGCGAGCUGCAAAGCUCAACAUGAUCACUGCGAAGCUGGCUUCUCGUUUGGCUGGGAGUUGGACGUCUGUUUUGCUUUACCGGCGUUGUUUGACUGCUGCAGUUGAUGGUUUCUUUCAGUUAGCAGCGGAAGCUGAAGCAUCAGGGAAAAAUGCAGCCUUGCCUUUGCCACGGAAAGUUGCACAGGAGCUCAGUAUUUUGGCCGCCUGUGUACCUUUAGCAACUUCAAACAUUGCCAUCAAGUACAGCCCCACCAUCUAUGCAUCAGAUGCUUCGCUUGGAUUGGGAGCCGUCGUUUCAGCUGAGGUUGAUGAGAGUUUGGUUGAAGUGCUUUGGCUUGGUAGUGACAAAAAGGGCUGCUACACAAGGCUCGACGGGCCUGCCUUGGCUAUGCUUGCUGCAGCGGGUGAGGAAGUCCAUGAGGGUUACGACCUUCCUUUGCCAGAGCUUGGACCUUCAAAGGGCCUGCUUAUGUACUAUGACUUUGUGGAGUUCUUCGGUGGGUCAGGGCGAGUCUCUAAGUGCAUGGCUGAUUUGGGCUUCACUGUUGCUCCAUGUCUUGACCUGACUGCAUCAAAGCACUACGACAUGACUGAUGUAAGGCUCCUGGAGUGGUGCCUACACAUGAUUGAGCAAGGUCGUUUCAGGUCCUUCCUGACAGAGCCCCCUUGCACAACGUUCAGCCCAGCGGCAUACCCUGCAGUCAGAUCUUAUCUUUUGCCUGCAGGUUUUGACCGCAGUUGUCCAAAGACCUGGCUGGGAAACAUGUUGGCCUUUCGCUCCUUUGUCCUCUUGCGUCAUGGUUUGAGGUUCAGAAGACCUUGUGGCAAGGAGCAGCCACGCAGAAGCAAAAUGGCCUGGAUGCAAGCUUGGCUGGCACUUUUGAGGCUUGGCUUCAGGCAAGCGGUCAUAGCCUCCUGUCAAUUUGGCUCGCCCCACAAGAAGGAGUUCGUUUUGCUGCUGUAUGGUUUGGACGUUGAACGUUUGGAGGUGAAGUGUCCUGGUGGCCACAGUCAUGUCAAAAUUCAGGGCUCUUUGACAAAAGGAAGCGCAGUCUACACUUGGCCCCUUGCUGCGCAUAUUGCAGCUGAGUUUGGCAGAGCCCUCAAGAGGGUCCAGCUUCUUGAAAGUGAUCAGCCUCAAGUUGAUGGUCAUGAGAGCGUUGUUGUGAAUGACCUGCUGCAGACAGCCUCAUGGAAGGAGGAGAAGAGCUGGUAUUGGAAGAGGAAGAGCCACAUAAAUGUCUUGGAAGCUCAUUCAGGCAUUGGGGUCCUCACCACAGCAGCAGAGAAACAGCCUGACAGCAGAUUCCUUGGACUUUUGGAUUCACGGGUCGCAAAAGGCGCCCUGGCAAAGGGACGCAGCUCUUCACUUGGCCUUCAAAGAGCUUGCAAGCGGAGUGCAGCCAUCCAGGUUUGUUUUGGACUUUACCCUGGGUGGUCGUUUGCACCGACCCGUUUGAAUGUUGCUGAUGACCCAACGCGUCGAGUUAGACUUCGGCAGUCUUCGGGCCAGUCACUUAUUCCACAUCUUGACAAGUCUCAGCUGCAGCUAAUGCAUUCGAAGCAUCUAUCGCGUUGGGCUGCAAAUUGGAUCAGGUUGUAUCUGCUGCUGCUCGUCCUCCCUGGGCCAGCUUCGGCGGAAUGCAUAGAUGGAAGAGCAGUGUGCAGAGAGUCAUUUUAUUUUUGGUUCCCCAGUCAUUUUUCAGAGGGAUUUGAGGAGCAACAGAGAGAAGGAUGGAGUUUUGAGGAGGUCCACGAUUCCAGCUGGGAGGAGGUCCAUGAUUCAUCUCGAUCGGCUUCUCCUCAAGCCUGCUCCAAGACCCUCAGCCUCUUCAAUGAUUGGAUUUCCACUGCCUUGACUCUUGCCUCUGCCUUCGGUUCUGCAGUCUCUUCUGAUCGGGGUCUGGUCUCAGUCUGUCAUUGGAUUUUGGAAUUUGGAUUUCUCUGUCAGGUACUGGCACCUUUCGUCUGGUUUGUCGUCCUCUCCUUUCCCUCCUGGUCUUGUCCAGUAGGUAGGAAAGCCCCACUUAGAUCUCUGUGGAUUUUGGUAGGUUUUAGUUUUGCUGAAGCCAUGGUACCUCAGACUGCGGUUGAGCGUGGGAGAGCUGAAAGGCGUGAGGGGACAAAUCUGAUUGCAACUAGGGUUGCAAGGAAGGACACACUGGACCGCAGAGCAAAGCUGCUUUCUGACUUCAGAGCAUGGCUGUACCAGACUCACGAGGUUUACCUGUCACAGCUGCUUACUGCAAAACCUCCAGAUGCGGAAGAAAUCAGUAGGUGGCUCACUCUCUAUGGACAGGAGAUGUUUUUGGCAGGGAAGUCUUAUGGCAAGUUUGCUGAGACAAUCAACGCAGUGGCGGCCGCAAGGCCAAUUGUGAGGAAACAGCUUGUGGGCGCUUGGGAUCUUGCUUUUGCUUGGUUGGUUGACGAGCCGACUGAGCAUCACCCCGCACUUCCAUUGUCCAUCCUCCUUGCAAUGCUGUCAUUAGCACUCAUGUGGGGUUGGCCAUUGGAAGCGGGUGUGAUCAGUUUGGCAUGGUGUGGAAUCUUGAGGGUUGGAGAAGUGUUAUUGGCAGAUAGGUCUGAUUUGAUCCUCCCGUGCGAUGCGGCACCGGGGACCCUUUUCGGCCUCCUCAGAAUCAAGACACCGAAAACCCGUGGAAGAGCAGCUCGUCACCAAGCUGCUCGUAUAGAUCCACCAGACAUUCUGAUGCUUUUGACAGCAAUUUACAACGGUUUCCCAGCGAGCUCAAAGUUGUGGCCUUACUCAGCAGAAACUUUGAGGAAACGUUUCAAUCAUUUGCUGGCAGCACUUGGGCUUCAAACUGAAAGGUCAAAAGGCAGGCGGCCUUUUAACCUGGGUUCGUUACGCCCUGGGGGUGCGACGCACUUGUUGUUGGCCUCUGAGGAUUCCGAGUUGGUCCGGAGAAGGGGCAGAUGGGUCACUUCCCGGGUGAUGGAAAUUUACCUCCAGGAGAUCAUGUACACAACAUAUGCUGAGAAGCUUGACAGACACACCCGUACUCAGGUGUUGCAAUUGGCUGGAAACUUUUCGAAGAUUCUGAAUACGGCUGUUGGCUUUCUCAACUGUGCAGUCCCCCCACAAACUUGGUGGUCGUUAUUCCAGGCCAGCGACGGCGAGGAGCUUGGAGAGGCAGGGAGUGAUGGUGUGAAAUAG